UGUGAUCAGUAGAGUCAGGGGGGAGCCGGGUGAACAAUGUCCCAGCUGUACUACAAGAAGACGGACAGCUCCUCGUUCAGCGACCGCAUCCCCCUGCGCAUCGUGCGGUCCGAGUCGGAGCUCUCGGCCCUGGAGCGGGCCUACCUCGGGGCGGUGGGGAAGGGCGACUACGCCACGGUGAAGGAGGCCCUGGAGGAGGCCGAGAUCUACUUCUGCAUCAACAUCGACUGCGUGGACUCGCUGGGGCGCACGGCGCUGCUCAUCGCCAUCGAGAACGAGAACCUGGAGAUCGUGGAGCUGCUGCUCAGCUACAACGUGCACGUGGGCGACGCCCUGCUGCACGCCAUCCGCAAGCUGCUGCUCAACCACAAGAAGCCCAGUGGUGAGAAACAGUUUGUUGCCCAGCCCAACUGUCAGCAGCUGCUGGCCUCCCGGUGGUAUGAUGAGAUCCCAGGUUGGAGAAGGCGUCACUGGGCAGUGAAAUUCAUCAGGGGUAUCCUCAUACGGAUGCUCUUCCCCGUCUUGUCCAUCCUUUACUUGGUCUCACCGAAAAGCCGUUACGGCUUAUUCAUCCGCAAGCCCUUCAUCAAGUUUAUCUGUCACGCCGCUUCCUACCUGACAUUCCUGUUCCUGCUCUUCUUGGCAUCGCAGCACAUUGAAGCCCCGCAGCGUGACUUUCAGGGCCCGGCCCCGACCGUGGUGGAAUGGAUGAUCCUCCCCUGGGUAAUCGGUUUCAUCUGGACAGAGAUCAAGCAGAUGUGGGACAGCGGGUUCCAAGAUUACAUGGAUGACUGGUGGAACAUCAUGGACUUCAUCAUGAAUGCAUUGUAUCUGGCAACAAUUUCCCUCAAGAUCGUUGCCUAUGCAAAGUACAGCGGGAACAAACCCCGAUGCAGCUGGGAAAUGUGGCACCCGACUCUGAUCGCCGAGGCGUUGUUUGCUAUCGCCAACAUCUUCAGUUCCCUGCGCCUCAUCUGCCUUUUCACCGCCAAUUCCCACCUGGGCCCGCUGCAGAUCUCGCUGGGCCGCAUGUUGCUCGACAUCCUCAAGUUCCUCUUCAUCUACUGCCUGGUGCUGCUGGCCUUUGCCAACGGCCUCAACCAGCUCUACUAUUACUACGGUACCGACGUGGGCAGCAACUGCAAGGGCAUCCGUUGCAUGCAGCAAAACAACGCCUUCUCGACGUUAUUCGAAACGCUGCAGUCAUUAUUCUGGUCUGUGUUUGGCCUAAUUUCCCUCUACGUGACACGAGUGAAGCCGGACCACGAAUUUACCGAGUUUGUAGGAACCACCAUGUUCGGCACCUACAAUAUCAUCUCCCUGGUUGUGCUGCUGAACAUGCUCAUCGCCAUGAUGAACAACUC